CACACACACACACACACACACACACACACACAUACAUAUAUACAUAUAUGUACUGACUCACAUCCAGACGCGAUGAAUACUCGCCGUCCUCCCCCCACCGCCUGUAUCCUGGCGGUGGCACUGGCGUGGGGCCUCCGAGGCGGGGCGCCCGCAGCAGCCGGGGAGCCUCUAGCGUUGUCCUUGAGGGCGGCGCCGAAUGACACCGUGUUCUUGUUGGAGGGAAAGGACAUCGACGAUGCGAGUGUGAACCUGACUGUCCUCGGGAUCAGCCGAUGCGAUUGUCGACUGGCUUGCCUCGAGCACGACUGGUGCCUGGCCGUGGCCGUGUCUGAUGACGGCGGUGAGAAGCUGCAGUGCCGCCUGUCGGAUCGCGUUCCGGAGGCGCACCGCCUCGUGGACAUGAACAAUACGACUUUCAUCUACUGGGAAGCCUCGCUGCCUUCCUUCGACGUCCGGGGCCGAGAGGCGGACAGCCUGUUCUACAUCGAAGCCAAGGAGCUCCAGGAUAUCGUGGCCGCGAGGGAGAUGUGCCAGAGUGUCCCGGGAUUCCGUCUGGGGGUGUACAAGACAGAAACGCAGCUGCAGCUCCUGGUGGACAUGGCGAAGGAAGCUUCUGUCGGAAUGUUUACGGACCUGAGGAGGACCAUCGGACUAUGGCGCUACGGGGAUGACUUCACUCCAGCGAAUCGCACCCUCAUCAGCGCCGUUCUUAGCCUGAACAGUCUCUUCGAUGGGCUGAAUGACGGCUUCGUCGCCGCCUUUAUGUCCCAGGACGGUUACUACGGGAUCAACGAUACUGGCGAGAACAUGAGAGUUAUCUGUCAGGCAAAUCCUUAAGUUUUUUUUUGGUGAGAGAGGAAAAUGCAGUGACUCUGAUACACACACACACACACACACACACACACACAC